AUGGGCGAAGCUGAAUUUGAAAAAUUAUUUGAAUUAGUGGAGGAGAAAUUCACUAGCAGUGAUAAACAAGAUCUUAGAGAUCUUAUGUGGAUAAAAAUGAACUCAGCUCAUUCAUCUUGGCAAUACCGCGAGCGUAAAAACUUCCUUGGUCUUCCCGAUAAUCAAAGGGAUGGUUAUGUUCCUGAAGGUGUUGAUACUGAGGAUUGGGUGCAAGCUGUUCAAUAUUGGGCUUCUGAUGACUUCAAAAAAAUGAGUAAGAGGAAUAAGCAAAACAGAUGA